AUGGAGCCUGACACCGCAGUCGCUGAUGAUACGGACCAUGUAGAAGGAUUGUCUGGAGGACCUUCCUCACGUGAAGGUGGCGAGAAAACACUGAGAUCGAACUCAAAAUCCCCUACCGACGGCCAUGAGGGUCGAGCUGGUACCCCUCUCGAAGGAGUGUCAUGUAACGGGACACAACUGAGAUACAAGAAGGCACCAGAGCCAGCGUAUUACUCCAAGUUAAAGCGAAAAGAACCGACCUCUGCAGGGUUGGAACUGACUUCAACUCGUGUUACCGUGUACCCUCAACAGGACCUGGAGUCUUGGAACAAUAAGCGGGACUACACCCUUCCUAAACUGGGUGUCUUGAAAGUGAGACUCGAUGACCGUUGGGCUUGCGACGAGCUCGGGGAUACCGUGAAUUCGUUCUUUCCCCCCGGCUCAAUGUUCCCGUCCAGAGGGUGGAGUCGCGAGCCUAGUCGUACUGGGAGUGCGGACUCGUAUUUUCGUCAGGGAGGUUGGGGGUCUCGCGACCAGCAUGGUCUCUUUCAGAGUCGGACACAAAUGGAGAAAGCUUUCAAUACGUUCGGUAACUCGCGACCCUUGGCUUCAUCAAGUCGGCCUCACACAAGCGCGGCUGUACUCCACAAGAAACCUUCUCCGAGUACUAAGGACUCUACAUCAGCAGACCGGGCUGACAGCAAGUCACCGUUAGCCUGGUAUAGUGCCCCCAAUCGGCAGAAGGUGGUCCGUAAAUCGCCACCGUGGAGGUCAUUGAUGAAUAGGCGUCCACAGGGAGUCCGUUCCGAUAAGACUAACUUGUGUCCGUACCAUUGUAGAUGUUGCUUCAAUGAGGUGAAUGACACCGAGGGUAGUUCUGUCUAUAAACUAGACUUGGGGAUUCUGUAAUGCCAUGAUUGGUCGGGAGUCCGGGCAUGGGGGAUGGGGAAUCAGUGGGGGCAAUAAGGGCCCCGAUGGCGAGCUCCGGGCCUGGGAGGCACGGGUCCCGCCCGGUGGUUGGAAGGUUCGGAGGUAGAUGACCAUCGCCGGUGGGAUCGGUGGAGCUCAAACCCCAACGAAGUGGAAG